UUUUUUUUCUUUGUUUUUUUUUUUUUGUUUUUUUUUGUUUUGUGUUCUCUAAAUAAUUUAAAAUAUCAAGCUAACUUAAACCACAGAGAAGGGUGAAUUUGUUUCUAUGAAACAUAUCAGACACUCAGCGAAUUGAUUAUUGUUUAGUGUUGAAAUUAACAAGAACCAGUAUGAUAAUCUUUAGAAAAUAGUCUAAAAUAAAUAUAAGAAAUAAGAAAUUGGCUUCAAACCACUGGAUUGGUGUAUUUUAUUAGCAGAUUGGUGUUAUUUUUAGUCCAUUAAAAAGAGCUGAGGUUAUGGAGGGGUCUGCUGGUGGGGCAGCAAAAUGGCUUGUUGACAUUCUGGUGCAGAUUCUUUUUAUCCCUGAAUAUUUCUAUUGACACGAAUGAGAAAAGACUGAAACUGUGAUUCUUGUUUCUCUCUACUUCACAGAUGAGAAUUUUACUCUCAAACACGACAGAGCCUUCCUGUUGUCGAUGGCCAACCGCGGGAAGAACACCAACGGUUCACAGUUUUUCAUCACAACUAAAACAGCACCUCACCUUGAUGGAGUCCAUGUCGUCUUUGGUCUCGUCAUCUCUGGUUUUGAAGUAAUAAAGAAGAUUGAGGGACUGAAGACUGAUUCAGCUAGCAGACCCUACGCUGAUGUGAGAGUGGUGGACUGUGGACAGCUGAUCACAAAGUCUGCAAAUGAUGUGCUUGAAGGGAAGCGGAAAAGAGCCUCCCUUUCUGCUGACUCGUCCCUCAACUCCAAUGGCUCGCCCUCCAACUUUACCUCAUCAGUGGAGUCAGAAAGUGAAGCAAAUGAAAAACGCAAACAUUACAAACACAAGAGACAUGCAAAAAGCAAAAAGUCUAAAAAGAAAAGGAGGGAAGCCAAGAGGGAGAAGGACAUGGAUGUUUUGCCUUCCAAGCAAAGGUCUGUGGAGAAAGACAUGCUGGAGGGAGAAAGCAAGGUGGAAGAAGAGAAGGACCAAGGAGGGAAAAGGGAGAAACCAGUUGUUCGGCCAGAAGAAAUCCCACCUGUACCAGAGAACCGCUUCCUUCUGCGACGGGACAUGCCAGCUCUGGAAAAUAAAACAGAAGUUGUUGAGAAAGAAGAAGCUGUUCUGUCUGCUGACCAGAAACCAGCUGUGUCAAAGUCCGGACGGAAGAUCAGAGGCAGAGGGACAAUUAGAUAUCACACUCCUACAAGGUCUAAAUCUCGCUCUGCUUCUGUGGAAGAGCGUGGAAGCAGUGAAACUCCACCACACUGGAAGGAGGAAAUGAAGAGAACCAAAAGUUAUCAACCCCCGAGCAUUGAGAGGUGGAGCAAAGGAGACAAACUGAAUGACCGUUCCUCAAGCAGAUGGGAGGACAGAAGUGACACCGCAUGGUCACGGUCUGCUGAUCACUCCUCAGACCGCAACUCUGAGAUGUCCAGCGAGGACCAGCGACCAAAAAAAGAGAAGAAGAAAGUCAAACACAAGAAGAAAGCCAAAAAACGCAAACAUGCCAAGAAGAAGCGCUCCAAGAACAAACCUCAAGAGCGUUAUGUAUCAGAUGGUGAAGGAUCAGUGUCUUCAGGGAAGAAGUCCAGAAGGUCCCGUUCCCCAACUCGUUCUCCUUCAAGUCUGUAUCAUUCGUCAAGCAGGAGGGGGCGGCGGUACUCGCUGUCCUCCUCAGGAUCCUACUCCAGAUCAUACACAUCGACUCGAUCCAGAUCUCGAGGGAGGUCCAGGUCUUAUUCAGGAUCCAGAAGUCUAUCUAGAUCGAGAAGCCGAUCUUUGUCUAGAUCCAGAUCUCUGUCUUUUUCUGAAUCGCGGUCAAGAUCAAGAUCCAGGUACAGAUCCAGAUCACUGUCAUCGUCAAGAAAAAGGAGUUUAUCCAGAUCUUCAAGAAAAAGAAAAACAAGCAAGUCUAAACCAGAUGUCAUGGUAGAUGUAACGGAGAAGCUCCCGGAGAGCAAGAUUACACCUGUCCCCAGACUGCCAGCGGUCCCAGCUCCUGAAAGGGUCCCUGUGAUCCCACUGAGUGACAGUCCUCCUCCUUCACGCUGGAAACCAGACCAAAAACCCUGGAAACCCUCCUACAUUCAUAUUCAAGAAAUUAAAGCUAAAGUAGCCUCAAACAACUCAUCCUCCUCUGGACAAGCAGUUGAUGGCUAUACAGAAAAAGCUCAGGCUCUAGUUACACCAAGAUCUGUACCAGGGGAGGCCAAAGGUGAAGAGCUAGACCAACCUGUACAACGCUCACUGAGCAGGUCGUCCAGGAGCAAGUCCUACAGUCGUUCUUACAGUCGCUCCCAGAGCAGAAGUUCCAGUCGGUCCAGGUCGAGAUCCUCUGGUCGAUACAAGAGCAGGUCAUCGUCCUACAACAGAUCAGACUGUGAAAGUUCCCAGAAAUCACGUAGCAACAAAAGGAAUUCAUUAGACAAGGAAUGGAAAGAGUAUUACAGUUCUCUGAAUAGGAUAAAGAAUUUAGAUAAGUACAUUUUGCUCAGACGUGAUCAAGAUGUUCUCUCUGGGUCAGAGAAGGGAACAGGCAGCGAUCGUAGCCACAAUAUCAGUGGCUCUAUGGAAAAAAAUCAAGAGAAAGCCAGUUUAUGGGAUCCUGAGACAAAACAUUACAAUUCACCGCCAGCAGAGAGCCUGAAUAGCAGGUCUGAGUGGGACAGUGACAGUGAUAAAAUGAGCCAAAGCAACAACGCUUGCUUUGGCUCAUUAAAGAAGCAGAAACAAGCUGCCCAGUCUGGUGAAUUUCCUGACAAGAAGCUGGCUGCGCUUACUGGAUGGAAUUCAGAGAGUGAUUCUGAAAAUAUAAAAAACAGGACAUUUGCCAUCUCUGAAAAAGAGGAAGGAGAGGCUAGUUCAGAAUCAGAUGGUCAGAGGUUGAAAAAACCAUCAGAUGCAACUCUGGCUAACCAAUUCGCCGCCACUGCUGCAUCAUCUGGUCAAUCAGAUGAAAGUCCUGAGACUGCCGCGCAGCCAGAGAAGCCCAAGAGUAAAAAGAAAGCCAAAAGGAAGCAUAAACAUAAGAGGAGAGGUGAGAAGACCAGUAGGGAUAAACCAAAGAAAUCUAAGAAAAAACAUCAGAAGCUGAAAGAGACCUUUCACUGGCAGCCACCUUUAGAGUUUGGUGAGGAGGAAGAGGAUGAUGAAUUGAAAAGGGAGAGGCACAGCCCUCAUAGAGUUUUUAAAGAGAAUUCUGGCUACAAUAUGAACAAAAGGGACCAAAAUUCCCCUGAUUUGAACAAGAAUUCUACUAAAGAAGAAGAAAGGGUUCAGCAGAGGUCAAAAGAAAGCAGCAGCAAAAACACAAAACACUCUGAACCUCAUCAACCAUCCAGCAGAAACAGUGCAAGCAGCUCUCAGUUGUUGAUCAAAGAGCAAGACUCAUUAGAUGAUAUGGAUAUUUGUACUCCAGAGCAUGAUGUUGACAUUGUUGAGCCUGCAGUUACAGGCGAUUCUUCCAACAAUGCCUCUGAAUUAACACUAAAAUCUACCUCGAAGUCUUCAGACGUGGCAGGUUUACUUCAGAGUAAAGAUCAAUCUGCUGUUACUUCCAGCACAGCAGCUGGUGGGCUGCAAGAUGAAGCAACUGCUGGCAAACCUGCAAUAAGUUUCAAAUGGAAACCACUGAGAGGAAUGUCAGCUCCACAGAGUAUUAGCAUGUCACCUGCCACUGUGAAAAACAUACAAAUCCAAGAAAGCCAGACCCUUGCUACACAGGGAGUGAGGAUGGAGAUAAAGAGUAAAAGUCGGGUUCGACCUGGUUCUCUGUUCGAUGAGGUUCGUAAGACGGCGCGGCUCAACCAGAGGCCCAGAAACCAGGACAGCUCGAGUGAGGAAAGGUCUCCUUCUGUUGGAAAGACCAAGGAAACCUCACGCACUCGCUCCCCAAAGAAGUCCAGGUCCGUGUCCAGAAAGUCUCGCUCAGUAUCCAGUCACCGGUCGUGUUCCAGGGGGUGGUCCCGCUCCUACAGCAGGUCUAGAAGUAGAUCCCACAGCUCCAGCUACUCCUCCAGGAGCCGCAGCAGGAGCCGGAGAAGACAUGGGAGAGGACGAUCUCGCUCUCGCAGCAGUACGUACCGGAGUUACAGGAGUCACAGUCGGACAUACAGUCGAAGUCUCUCCAGAAGUCGCUCAUAUAAGCACCGCAGGAGGUCCAGGUCUGUGAGGUCAGACUCCUAUGACAGCUAUUCCAGUCGGAGUGCGAGCAGGAGACGAAGGCGCAGACGCAGUGACAGCUACAGAAGCUCUGAGCGCCGGUCACGGUCGUAUCGCUCAUCCAGUCGCAGCUCUUCCAGACGCAGGAGUCACAGCCGCAGCAGGUACAGCUGAGCUGCAUCUCUGCCGUCUUCAGAGAGGGAACGGCUGGUUGAAUAAUAGCAGAUAUUCACAGAUCAGCAACUAAACCUCCAAGAAAAACCUGAAUUUCAUCCUCUUAUUAUUUUAAUACUGUACUGUCUCCAUGUUUAUGUAGCAGCACAGUCGCUAUGGAGUUGAAUGUUGUAAACUAACUAAAAUGACUAUAAACCACUUUACGCCCUACUUUUAGCAACCAUUGCAGCCUCUGGUUGAAAAUUUCCUGCAGCUUCACUGAAGCUUUGCAUGUGAAUACGUGCUAUAGGAGAAACCAGCUGCAAAUGACUCACAUUACUGUAUAUUUGUGUAUUCUUUUUUUUACUUCUGCCUUUUAUAAACUGAAAUGUCAGGUGAUUAUACUGUCCAAUCAUCUUAGUUUUGAUGUUUUUGAGGAGUUGAGGUUGAGCCUUAAAUCCUAAAAGAAUAAUUCUUUACUGGCUAAAAAGGAACUUUUUUCUGUAACUGUUGUACCAUUACUUUGAUUAAGAGCUAUGAAUGUUAAACUGUACUCAAAGUAUAGUACAUCUGAUUUUACUUUAUACAGUUAUGAAUGUGUACUUCUAAUAAAUACCACAUCUUGA